CCGCCCUUCCGCCCGCGGGCGGCAACAGGCACCCGCGACCCCACCCCCCCGCCUCACCCCGGCCCUUCCCUGCCGCGGGCUGCCGGGCGGACGGCGCGGGGAGAGAAGGUGCCGGAGACCGGGGCCCGGAGGCACCAUCCCCUGGUCUCCACUCCGCGCGGAGUAGGGACGCCCGCCAGCGCCGCGGGUCCCCAAGUUCAGGGGCGACACCCCUCCAAGGGGAGGAGGGGCGAUCCCGCGCGGUGAGCACCCCGGCCGGCCCUCGGCGCCCAGCGCCCGCCCCGGGUCCCCGGAGACGCCCGCGCGCCCCGGCGGGGCCAUGCCGGGGCUGCGCCGGGACCGCCUGCUGACUCUGCUGCUGCUGGGCGCGCUGCUCUCCGCCGACCUCUACUUCCACCUCUGGCCCCAGGUGCGGCGCCAGCUGCGGUCCCGGGAGCACCCGCGGGGCUGCCCGUGCGCCCGCCGCGCCUCGUCCCCCGCGCCGGACUCCGCCGCCGCCUCCCCGGCCCCCCGCGCGGCGGCGCGCAACUUUUCCCGAGCGGGGCCCGGGACUGAGCGGCACGGCGGCCGCGGCUCCAAGCUGCAGGCCCUCUUCGUCCACCCGCUGUACCGCGUCCCGGAGGAGCCACCGCUCCUCGGGCCCGAGGACUCGCUCCUGGCCAGCCAGGAGGCGCUGCGGUACUACCGGAGGAAGGUGGCCCGCUGGAACAGACGACACAAGAUGUACAAAGAGCAGCUCAACCUCACCUCCUUGGACAUUCCACAGCAGCUCCGACUUGAGGCCAGCUGGGUCCAGUUCCACCUGGGGAUCAGCCGCCACGGGCUGUACUCCCGGUCCAGUCCUGUCGUCAGCCAACUUCUCCAGGACAUGAGGCGCUUUCCCACCAUCAGUGCUGAUUACAGUCAGGACGAGAAGGCCUUGCUUGGGGCAUGUGACUGCACCCAGAUUGUGAAACCCAGCGGGGUCCACCUCAAGCUGGUUCUGAGGUUCUCAGACUUCGGGAAGGCCAUGUUCAAACCCAUGAGACAGCAGCGAGAUGAAGAGACACCCGCGGACUUCUUCUACUUCAUAGACUUCCAGAGACACAAUGCCGAGAUCGCAGCUUUCCACCUGGACAGGAUUCUGGACUUCCGACGGGUGCCACCCACAGUGGGGAGGCUAGUCAAUGUCACCAAGGAAAUCCUAGAGGUCACCAAGAAUGAAAUCCUGCAGAGUGUUUUCUUCGUCUCUCCAGCCAGCAACGUGUGUUUCUUUGCCAAGUGCCCGUACAUGUGCAAGACCGAAUACGCCGUGUGUGGCAACCCGCACCUGCUGGAGGGCUCCCUCUCCGCGUUCCUGCCGUCUCUCAACCUGGCCCCCAGGCUGUCAGUGCCCAACCCCUGGAUCCGCUCCUACUCACUGGCAGGAAAAGAGGACCCCAGGAUUUCUUCUCCCCUCAGGUGGGAGGUCAAUCCACUUUACUGCGACACCGUGAAGCAGAUCUACCCGUACAACAGUAGCAACCGUCUCCUCAACAUCAUCGACAUGGCCAUCUUCGACUUCCUGAUAGGAAAUAUGGACCGGCACCAUUAUGAGAUGUUCACCAAAUUCGGGGACGAUGGGUUCCUCAUUCACCUUGACAAUGCCAGAGGGUUUGGACGACACUCCCAAGACGAACUCUCCAUCCUGUCGCCGCUGUCCCAGUGUUGCAGGAUAAAAAAGAAAACGCUUUUGCACCUGCAGCUGCUGGCCCAGGCCGACUAUAGACUCAGUGACGUGAUGCGGGAGUCUUUGCUAGAAGACCAGCUCAGCCCCGUCCUCACCGAGCCCCACCUCCUGGCCCUAGACCGGAGACUCCAAAUCAUCCUGCAGACAGUGGAGGGGUGCGUGGAGGCCCACGGAGAGCAGAAUGUCAUAGCCACGGACCCAUCAGAACAGUCCGCCCCUGACUCUAGCCAGGCUAACUUGACAAGCUAAGGGCUAGAUGAAGCCAGAUUUCAGGAACUACCCAUGGAGCCAGAGGUGGACUUGGGUACAGACCACUGCUUCCUUGCAUCCCCGUCAAGGCUGGAGGGACUGGGUCAUGAGCUCUGGAAGAGGCAGGGCACUGGGAUGAUUCCACAGGGGCAAAAGAGGAGGGAUCCACUGAAUUUUCUUCCUUGGUGCACAGCUUCUCUAGUGGACCUCCUUGCCACCCCCCCUUCCCAGAAAGCACUGCUUCAGCAAGGCCACAGACCAUCUCCCGAGCCCACUGGGAAAUCUGGAUUAGGAGCCGGGCUUGGAAGGUUUGGGAGCCUUGUCCCAGAAAAGAGUAGAACAAAUAAAAUUAAAGGACACCAAUGGAUACCUAGCUGACCUCCAGAUCCUUAUUAUAUCUACAAGGAUCACUUCUGAUCCAGAUAAAACAUCUGGCAUCUCCGGAGUAGACCAAAAAAAAAAAAAAAAAAAAAAUGUAAACAUGGUAGCUCCCAAACUAGUUCAAAGUAGACUUUACACUUUCUAUUUCUGUCCAGUCACUGUGGCUUCAACUGAAUACAGUAAUCCCUUAUUGACCAG